AGUUGGAUGGUUGGAGGUACUUAUUGGAGUGCCACUCCUGGGGUGUAGGGGCACUUUCUCGUGCAGCAAAAAUGCUUUUUUGAAAAACGUGUGUCUAUGUCCCGGAGAUGUCCGACUAUCAGUACACUUCGAAAGAAGAACUUGAAAAAGAAGAGGUUUUGCUGAAAAGCAUCAAAGAUAGACUUGUAGAUCAACUUCAAAGACUGAAGGUGGAAGAACUUGCUUUGCUAAGCAAUCCAUCAAACGUGUCUCAAACAGCUAAUUCAACAGGGUCAUAUUUCAGUAAAACAACGAUAGAGGGUGACACAAAUGCAUAUGAAGUGAAUGAGGAAAUAAAUUGUCUACCUCUCAUUGAUUUGACAGAUUCAGCGAGCAACACACUGAUCUUAAGUAGCCAACCUGGAGUGAAUGAAGAGGAAGAGGAGGAAGAUGAGACAUAGGAAUUAGUGAUGAUGGUCACAAAUUGUAUGUCAGAUUAUACCAUAAGAAAUAAGCAGAUCCUAUAUUACAAGAAAUGGAAGGACUUUAACUACCUCAUGGGUGUCAACUGGAGA